AUGGAUGAGUCAGGACGUGAGGGCUUUCAUGCUCCUGAUGCUCCUUCAUCUGUAUUCAGAGUGGAUAGGGCUAGGGGGGGUACUUCUAUAUCAACAGCUGCAAACUCCGAACGAACAUCAGCUGCGACGCCAUCUUCUGCACCUCAAAAAUCAUCCCAAGUCGAAAAAGAUAAUGGAGAAUCGACAUCAUUGCCUGACUACAAACACAAGAAGAGUAUCCACAUAAAAAAACCUACCAAUCACGACAAAGAUCAUCAUGACUCAUCCAAAGGAGACGGAUCGCAUGGUGGUCACUUUGUCUUAGCACCAGUCGCGCAGAAGGUUGACAAUUUGGUCAUUUUGGCGUCUAAAAGACAAGGUGGUGCCGAUAGCAUUCCGAUUUUGCCUGCACCGAUGAUCAACCAGCUCAUCCGAGAUGGGCAAAUGGAUGAGGA